AUGAACAGCAGCAGCAGCAGCAGCAGCGGCUGCAGCUGCAACAGCAUACACGGCAGCAGCAAGACGGACGGAGGCGGCAACAGAAAGGCAAUGAGGGCACCACCCAGAUGCUGCAAAGCGCGCACUGGCCGCACUCGAUGCGGCCAACCGCAACAGCAGCAGCUACAGCAGCAGCAACAGCAGCAGCAGCAGCAGACUCACUGCAUCGUCCGUAUACAUAA